GCGGGCCGGCGGGUGCGCGCGCCGCGCCCCGCAGCGCCCCCUGAGGGGCGGCGGCGGGAGCUGGUUCCGGCUGCGCGCGCAGCGGUGGUGGCGACGGCGCAAUCGGUCGGGCUGUAACCGUCGUCUGCCGGUAGCGGCUGUAGCGGCAGCGGCGGCCAGGCACGGCACAAGGCGACGCCACAGGACAGCGGCGGCAGCGGGGGCAGCGGCGGUAGCAGGAGACGCAGAGGCGGCCGCAGCAGCAGCACCAAGACGGACUCGUGGACACGCGCCGCCGCCGCCGCCGGGCCGGGCCGGGUGUCGCGCGCCGAGGCUGGGGGGGAGUCGUCGCCGCCACCACUACCGCCGCCGCCGCCGCCGCCGAGGUGACUGAGGAGAGAGGCUCCUCCUCGCUCCCGCCGCCGCCGGACUUCAAUGCCCAGUCCCCAGCUUGCCAGCGUUUUUCGUUGGAAUAUACGCUGCACAUUUAUGGCGAUUCUGAGCGUGAGGGCAGAGUUCUGCCAGGCUCAGCACAGCAUUUUCGCUGACAAGUGAGCUUGGAGGUUCUAUGUGCCAUAAUUAACAUUGCCUUUGAAGACUCUGGACACCGAGACUGGCCUCAGAAAUAGUUGGCUUUUUUUUUUUUUUUAAUUGCAAGCAUAUUUCUUUUAAUGACUCCAGUAAAAUUAAACGUCAAGUAAACAAAAGUGGAAAGCGAUCUGCACUUUUAACUUGACUCACUAGUGCCUAAAUGUAGUAAAGGCUGCUUACGUUUUGUAUGUAGUUGGAUCUUUUUGGAGUCUGAAGGUAUCCAUCUACAGUCAUUGAGGCCUGAGUUGAAUUUGGAUUCGAGUGGAUUCUAAAUCUUUCUACGUAUCUUGAAGAGAGAAGCUUCUUAAGGAAUAAACAAGUUGAAUAGAGAAAACACUGAUUGAUAAUAGGCAUUUUAGUGGUCUUUUUAAUGUUUUCUGCUGUGAAACAUUUCAAGAUUUAUUGAUUUUCCCUGCCCCUCUGCCCCCUUUUCCCCUCACGCUCACACAAGCACGCACACACUUUUUAUUUGCCAUAAUGAACCGCCCAGCACCUGUGGAGAUCUCCUAUGAGAACAUGCGUUUUCUGAUAACUCACAACCCUACCAAUGCUACCCUCAACAAGUUCACAGAGGAACUUAAGAAGUAUGGAGUAACAACUUUGGUUCGAGUUUGUGAUGCUACAUAUGAUAAAGCUCCAGUUGAAAAAGAAGGAAUCCAUGUUCUUGAUUGGCCAUUUGAUGAUGGAGCUCCACCUCCUAAUCAGAUAGUAGAUGAUUGGCUAAACCUAUUAAAAACUAAAUUUCGUGAAGAGCCAGGUUGCUGUGUGGCUGUGCAUUGUGUUGCAGGAUUGGGAAGAGCACCUGUGCUGGUUGCACUUGCUUUGAUCGAAUGUGGAAUGAAGUAUGAAGAUGCAGUUCAGUUUAUAAGACAAAAAAGAAGGGGAGCAUUCAAUUCCAAACAGCUGCUUUACCUGGAGAAAUACCGACCUAAGAUGCGAUUACGCUUUAGAGAUACCAAUGGGCAUUGCUGUGUUCAGUAGAAAGUAAUGUAAACGAAGGCUGACUCGAUUGUGACGUUUAGAGGGAACUCUUGGUACCUGGAAAUGUGAAUCUGGAACCGUAACUGUGUCAUCAGAGUAGUGAUGGAUUCGGUACUCCUCAACCACUCUCCUCAUGAUUGGAAAAAGCAAACA